AUGGCGCCUCAAACCAUCUCCGUCUCACUGCCCAAACUAGCAAAGGUCAUUGACCACUCUCUCCUCCACCCCACAAUGACGGACGCCCAAGUGCGGUCUGGACUGGAGCUUUCCCGCAAGUACAACGUGGCGACCGCCUGUGUGAAACCAUACUCCGUGCCACUUGCGCGCGAAGUCCUGGCGGGCUCCCAAGUUGGCAUCUGCGCCGUCGUGGGCUUCCCACACGGCAACUCCGUCGCCGCGGUUAAGAUUACAGAGACCCAGGAUGCGCUUGCCGCUGGCGCCACGGAGAUUGACAUGGUAGUCAACAUUGGCAAAGUCCUAAGCGGCGAGUGGGAGUAUGUCGAGCAUGAAAUCCAGGCCAUCAAUCGCGUGACAGUGGCCAAGGGCGCCAUCCUCAAGGUGAUCUUUGAGAAUGACUUCCUCGAGGACACCCACAUCAUCAAGCUCUGCGAAAUCUGCACUCGCCAGGAAGUCGCGUUUGUCAAGACCAGCACGGGCUACGGCUUCGUCAAGCAGCCCGACGGCAUGUACACUUACAAGGGUGCCACUAUUCCGCACCUCAAACUCAUGAGACAGCACUCUGGGCCCAAUGUGCAGAUCAAGGCCGCCGGCGGCGUCCGAACGCUCGACGACUUCCUGUACGUCAUGAGCCUGGGUGUGACGCGAGUCGGCGCUAGCGCCACAGAAGCCAUCAUGAAUGAGGCUGCGGCGCGAGGAUUGACAGAUGAGGACAAGGAAUUCGAGGUGAAGGAAAAGGAAAGCACUACAAGUGGAAGUUACUAA